GGAACGCCAAUCAAGGCGCAGGCUGGAGCAAGUUCCCCAGCCGCCUGUGUGUGUGAGUGCGGGAGCUGUGGCUGCAGAGAGGGGAGUCUGCUGUACUGGCAGCGGGUGCGUCAGCUCGGGCCGCCGGCAAGAUGAUGAAGUUUCGGUUCAGGCGGCAGGGCCACGACCCGCAGAGGGAGAAGAUAAAGCAGGAACUGUUCUCCUUCAACAAGACGGUAGAACAUGGAUUCCCCAACCAGCCAAGCUCACUCGCUUUUGACCCAUUACUCCGAAUUAUGGCCAUUGGAGCAAAAUCUGGAGCCGUUAAACUAUAUGGAGCCCCAGGCGUGGAGUUUACGGGUUUGCACAAAGACACGGCCACCGUCACCCAGAUGCACUUCUUACCCGGACAGGGUCGCCUCCUCUCUCUACUGGAUGAUAACACCAUACACCUGUGGGAGCUACAGCAGAAAGAUGGCAGCUCUUACCUUGAGGAAACUCACAGCUUCAUCCUUCCUGGCAAGCCAGGCUCUCCUCCGAGUGUCACGCGAGUGACUGUCAUACUGAUAACUGCCUCGUGUGAGGUGGCGGGCCUGGGGACAGAAGGAGGAGGGGUGUACUUUAUCCAGAUCCCAAGUUUCAAACUGCUGGAGGAGAAGACUUUGCUUCAUGAUGAGAUCAUAAAAAGCUUGCCAGAGGAGUACAGGUGCGGGAAGACUCUAGGACCUGUCGAGUCUUUGCAGGAGCAUCCGUGUCAGCGCGGGAAGAUCCUGAUUGGCUACAGCCGAGGACUGGUGGUUUUAUGGGAUCAGGAGGGCCGGAAAGUGGAGCAUCUGUUUCUUGGGAAUCAGCAGUUGGAAAGUGUCUUCUGGGGCCGCAAAGGGUCUUCGUUCAUCAGUUCCCACAGCGAUGGAGGGUAUAUGGUAUGGGACGUGGGUAGUGACUCCAGCACCACCUCACAGCCAGUCACCUCUAAAAUACCAUAUGGUCCAUUUCCCUGCAAAGCCAUCAACAAAAUUCAGUGGCGGUCCACCAGUUGUGGAAACCCAUUCAUCAUAUUCAGCGGAGGAAUGCCCCGGGCCAGCUACGGGGACAGGCACUGCGUUACUAUUCUCCAAGGGCAGAAUCUGGUGACCCUGGAUUUCACUUCUCGCGUCAUCGACUUCUUUACAGUGGGCCCUCUCAAGAGUGAAGAUGACUCGGACAAUCCCACUGCUCUGGUAGUGUUGGUGGAGGAGGAGCUGGUGGUGAUUGACCUGCAGACUCCUGGUUGGCCGACUGUCCCCACGCCUUACUUGGCUCCCCUCCAUUCGUCCGCCAUCACCUGCGCCUAUCAUAUCUCCAACGUCACCACCAAGCUGUGGGAGAGGAUCAUCAGUGCGGGGGAACAGCAGAACCCUCAAGUUUCUUCAGUGAAUUGGCCAAUAGAUGGAGGAAGGAAUUUAGUAGAGGACCCUGCCCAGCGAGGGCUUCUUCUUACUGGGCAUGAAGAUGGCACCGUACGUUUUUGGGACGCCUCUGGGGUGGCACUGAGACCCCUGUACAAGCUGAGCACGGCCGGAAUCUUCCAGACAGACUGCGACCACAAUGAGAGUUUCAACCAAACUAACGAUGAAGAGUGGCCCCCGUUCCGCAAGGUUGGAUGUUUUGACCCUUACAGUGAUGACCCACGCCUGGGCAUACAGAAGAUUGCACUUUGCAAGUUCAGUGGCAAGAUGCUGGUGGCUGGCACCGCAGGGCAGAUUCUAGUGAUGGAUCUGAAUGACGAGAAGUCGGAGCACACAAUCAAUGUGGCCACGGUGGACCUGUUACAGGAAAGGGAAGGCUUUACGUGGAAGGGCCACGAUAGGCUGACCCCAAGGAAUGGCUCCAUCUUCUUCCAGUUGGGCUUUCAGACCACCAUGUUGGUGCAGUGUAUGCCCCCUGCGGCUGUCACUGCCAUUGCGCUGCAUUCAGAGUGGAAUCUGGUAGCAUUCGGGACUAGCCAUGGCUUUGGGCUCUUCGAUUAUCACCGGAGGAGUCCUGUGCUUGCCAGGUGCACCCUGCACCCCAAUGACUCGCUGGCUAUGGAGGGUCCGUUGUCAAGAGUGAAGUCCUUAAAGAAGUCCUUAAGGCAGUCGUUCCGCAGGAUACGGAAGAGCAGGGUCUCUGGGAAGAAAAGGCCAAACACCGGCAGCCCACCCAGCAGGUUACAAGAAGCCAACGCGCAGCUCGCGGAACAAGCAGGACUUCAUGACCUUGACAUUCCCCCUAUUCAGAGAAGGAUUGAACCCCGCUCUGCUGAUGACUCCCUGUCGGGCGUUGUGCGUUGCUUGUAUUUUGCACACACUUUCCUCCGGGAUGCCGUCCAUCACGGCCCUACCAUGUGGGCAGGCACCAAUUCUGGCUCAGUAUUUGCGUACGCUUUGGAGGUGCCAUCACGGGAGAAGUUAUCGGAGCGCUCGGCAGAGGCUUUGUUGGGCAAGGAGAUUCAGCUCAUGCAUCGGGCCCCAGUAGUUUCCAUUGCAGUGCUGGACGGGCGAGGAAACCCCCUGCCUGAACCCUUUGAGGUUUCCCAAGACUUGGCCAAAGCACCAGAUAUGCAGGGGACCCACUCGGUGCUGAUCUCUUCUGAGGAACAGUUUAAGGUAUUUACACUGCCCAAGGUGAGUGCCAAGACGAAGUUUAAGCUGACUGCCCACGAGGGCUGCCGCGUGAGGAAAGUCGCCCUCACCAACUUCACCAGCGCCGCUUCUGACGACUACUCUGAGAACUGUUUGUCGUGUUUGACCAACCUGGGGGACAUCCACGUGUUCACUGUGCCGGGACUGAGGCCUCAAGUGCGCUACGACUGUAUACGGAAGGAGGAUAUCAGCGGUAUUGCCUCCUGCGUCUUCACCAAGUACGGGCAAGGCUUUUACCUGAUCUCUCCCUCGGAGUUUGAGCGUUUUUCCUUGAGUGCCAAGAACAUCACAGAGCCCGUAUGUCUGGUGGAGUUUGAUAGGCCCCACGAUCCUUCUCACUUCAGCAAUAAGGUGACUCCAUCUCCAAAAGCCAACCAAGCCAAUGGGACGCACAUCCUGAGGGACUCUGAAGCAACCCAGCAGGCAACGGAAGGGAAUGUGUGCGAGCGCAGGCCAGAAUUUUCGCCCUCUCCUCUUGACUCGCCACUGAACAGCAUGGACACGACUCUCGACACCACAGGAGACAUUACGGUGGAGGAUGUGAGGGACAUACUGGGAUCGACAGAUGAAGCCGAAAAGAAUAUGAAGAAUUCAGCAGAUGACCCCCUGCCUUCGGAGAUAUUGAUUAAAUGAGGGACUAGGCUUUCUGAAGCACCUCCUGUUCCCACGGCUGGUUUCCUUAACUCUGCUGGUUCGGACCAUUUCUGAAAGAAGCGAUGCGCUGGUUUAAUUCCACUUUUUCUUGGAGGGGGAAAAAUAGGCCAAUGGAUUGUUCCGAGGAGGCUGCAACUGCAGAUCAGUUGGCUUUUCUGCUAAAUCUAACAACUUUCCCACCCAUUCUUCUUGGUAUAACCACUGGAGUAUUAAUAGACCUUUCCACCGGCUCAUCCUGUUCUUCAACUCAUGACCUGGACCGUUCCGCCAUGAAGAACCUCAAAACUGUUUUGGUUUAUUGUUAUGCAAAGGGCUCAUGGGACUUUUUCUAUAUUUUAUAGAACACUUGGCUUCAUAGGAGAGAUCUUCCCUUUUGUGCUUGGACCCUGCAAGUCCUUCAUCUGACCAAAUCCCGUCCGUUUUGUACGGUCAAUGUUGUACAGAAAUGCAGAGAACUUGUUGGUGGAGCAGGACAGCCAUGAAUAUUAGACACAUGAUGCACGACGUUCUUUGAGUGCCUUUGGGGCAGAUUAUUAUUCACAUACGACCCCCAUGAAGCCAGAAAAGCUUCAGAUUAUCUAGUCAUUGGGUUUUUAAUGGUGCUUUCCCACACUGGUGGUUGGUCAUUUCACACAGGCUGUUUCUGGUCAAGAAAAACAAAAUGGAGCCCUCUGCUUUCUGAUUGGACACCGAGCCUUUCUGAUUGGACACCGAGCCUUUCUGAUUGGACACCGAGCCUUUCUGAUUGGACACCGAGCCUUUCUGAUUGGACACCGAGCCUUUCUGAUUGGACACCGAGCCUUUCUGAUUGGACACCGAGCCUUUCUGAUUGGACACCGAGCCUUUCUGAUUGGACACCGAGCCUUUCUGAUUGGAGGCUACGAUGUGGUGUCGGCCAGGUCCGCUCUGAAUUGCUGCUCUGCACACCCCUCCCAUGAGGAGCCAUUCCUGAUAUCUUUCUGAAUGUUUGUAUCUUGCACGUCUUUUUCUCCCCUUUUGUUUCACAUAGGUCCGCCUCCAAGAUGGAGGCUGUGAUGCCAUCGGUGGGGGGGGGCUUAAAUGCACACGCUGCCAGUUAUUGUCUUGCCCGCUCUGCUGCAACUGAAAGGCUGAACAUCGGCCGAAUCCUUCUUUGUAUUUGCCUGCCGCGGCCAUGGACUGCUUUGUAACACAAACUGUGACUUCCCGACUCCUGCAGCAUUCCAGGGGUUCAAUCGGAACAUUUAUAGCGACUGUCGCGUGUUUAGAGAUAUUUUUGUAUGCCUCCGUUUCUAAGGCUAUUUUGGUACUUUUUUCUUUUAGUCCCGGGGAGGCGGGGCCAGGUCAGAAGCCAAGGGGGCGGUUUCACUCGCUAACAGUUCAUUUUGUUUUGGACAAGUUGAUGUUGGAGGAAUUAUCCAGUUUACAUGGAUUUUAUUUUUCUGUUUAGGAAUUUUUUUUUGUUAGGGGUUUUGUUUAGGUUAAAAAAAAUCACUUUUAUUAAAAAAAGAGGAAAUAAUAAAGUAUUCACUUGUCCGUCA